CUAUAAGAGCAGUUUCCACCUUUGGAUGCAUAGCAUCUCUACUUGACUUGGUCUGUCGCUGUGGACUAGAUUGACAACAUUUAUUUCUUUGCUUUUUGUGCUUUGCUAAUCUUGCAAUGCAAUUAAUUUGAGUCGAAGGAAGGGUUUUCGGUUCACCAAAGCUUCUGUCUUUAGACGUCGUCAUCCACUGUAAAAAAUUUACUGUUCAUACCUCUGUUGUUCUGUUUGGGAGUACGUGCCGGUUGCUGAAUGGAGAAGGUGGCUGUUCCCGAGCGGGUCGCGCGCUCGUCCCGACGGGUGGUAUACCGGCGGCCGGAGUGGCGCGUGCACCAGUUCACGGUAGGCGCGGGCGGCGGCGUGCUGUGCCGCGCGGCGGCGCUGCGGUUGCCGGGCGCGCUGCUGCUGUGGCUGGGCGGCGGCGAGGGCCCGGCCGAGCUGGGCGCCGUGGCUCUGGGCGUGCCGGCCGCUGAGGGCCGCGCUGCGUUGGCCACGCCGCUGGCGGGUGCAGGCGCAACGGCGGAGGCGGCGGCGGCACUGGCGCGGCGGCUGGCGCAGGCGCUCGCGCGUCCUGUGCAUGUUUGCUGCGGCGCCGCAUUCGACCGGUUCACGGCGCCGCUCGUGGAGCGCGGCCUCAUAGCAGAGAUCAAGAGCAGGCCUGACUGUUUUCAGUGAUGAUUUGAGACUAUUAUGCAGUUUUUAAGGUGGUGUAUUGCAAGUGCCUUGCCAGAAUGAAGUUUAACAAAACUACCAAGUUCAUCUCAUUAUUUUUAUGUAAGUAAAUAAGUCAGUACAGUACAGUAGACCACAGAUGUCUAAGCUGAGAUUUUUGAUUCUUUAUUAAUUAAUUUAUGUUUCAAGCAUUCCAUAGUCUCUACUUACCCCGGUGGGAAAUAGGCGUGAGCUUAUGUAUAUAAUAUGUUUCAAGCAUACAAGGUUGGGGUCAACAGUUAGCUUGUAAUAGAAAUGAAAAUAAAUAAUGAACUUGGGAAAUAUAUACUGGAACCAGAGGUGAAAGUGGUGCAGCACCAGACACCGUGUGUUGAUCAACAUUAUGACAAUAAUAUAGAUACUUGUAGAAGCUUUAUAUUGCUGUAAGAAGAAUUACUACAAAUUUACUGAUUUUCCUGUAGUUAUAGGUAAUAUUUGUUCCAAAUUAUACUUGUAUUUUUAACCACUACCUAUAUGUUUUCCCAUCUACUUAUCUGUUGGAAUGAAAUUGUAAUUAAGCAAAUAUAUGUAAUGAUAAACUAAUACAUUUUAUUUGGGCAAU